AUUUAAAAAGUGCUUGAUCAACGCGAGGCUGGCGUGCCCUGGUGGGACUUCUGAGAUCAGGGCUGGGGACGUGACGGAGAUGCACACGGUCGGGCUGAUUUGGAGGUGGUGUAGCUUCACGGAAAACCAGCAGGGAUCACAUACCUCGUAGAGCAGUGCCCUUCUGGGCGCGGGGAGGAGGAUAUCGAUCCGGAGAUGAGCACAGCAGGGAAGCAGCGGGUGUGAGAGCAGCGAAGACCCUCGGCAUCACCUUGCAUCUCUCGUGUCCCUCCAGGGACCGUCCCCUCCCCAUUCCUUAGGAGCAGGGUGCUGUUUCCCUGGCAGGAGCUGCUCUUGCUUGGGGUCUUUGAGGAGGGACCCACGGGAACUGUCGGGGUCUAGAGCUGUUCUGGGUAAUGCUUUGUUUCUCCCCCCAUCAGUGACACCGAGAAGGGGGAUCCCACCGCCCGCCACCCGCAGCCAUGGAAGGCGGCGUGCAGCUCCUCAACCGCGACGGCCACAGCAUCUCGCACAACUCCAAGCGGCACUACCACGACGCCUUCGUCUGCAUGAACCGCAUGCGGCAGCGCGGGCUGCUCUGCGACAUCGUGCUCCACGUGGGCACCAAGGAGAUCAAGGCCCACAAGGUGGUGCUGGCGUCCUGCAGCCCGUACUUCCACGCCAUGUUCACAAAUGAGAUGAGUGAGAGCCGCCAGACCCACGUCACGCUGCACGACAUCGACCCGCAGGCCCUGGAGCAGCUGGUGCAGUACGCUUACACGGCUGAGAUCGUGGUGGGCGAGGGCAACGUGCAGACACUUCUUCCCGCCGCCAGCCUGCUUCAGCUCAAUGGUGUGCGGGAUGCUUGCUGCAAGUUCCUCCUGAGCCAGCUCGACCCAUCCAACUGCCUGGGGAUCCGGGGCUUUGCCGACACGCACUCCUGCAGCGACCUCCUCAAGUCUGCCCACAAGUACGUCCUCCAGCACUUCGUGGAGGUGUCCAAGACCGAGGAGUUCAUGUUGCUGCCCCUCAAACAGGUGCUGGACCUCAUUUCCAGUGACAGCCUCAACGUGCCGUCGGAGGAGGAGGUGUACCGGGCCGUGCUCAGCUGGGUCAAGCACGAUGUGGACAGCAGAAGGCAGCAUGUCCCCAGGCUCAUGAAGUGCGUGCGGCUGCCCUUGCUGAGCCGGGACUUCCUGAUGAGCAACGUGGACACGGAGCUGCUGGUGCGGCACCACUCGGAGUGCAAGGACCUGCUGAUCGAGGCCCUCAAGUACCACCUCAUGCCGGAGCAGCGAGGGGUCCUCAGCAACAGCAGGACGAGGCCACGGCGCUGCGAGGGGGCCAGCACCGUGCUGUUUGCCGUGGGUGGGGGGAGCCUGUUCGCCAUCCACGGGGACUGCGAGGCCUACGACACGCGGACGGACCGGUGGCACAUGGUGGCCUCCAUGUCGACGCGCAGGGCCAGGGUCGGCGUGGCUGCCAUCGGGAACAAGCUCUACGCCGUGGGCGGCUACGACGGGACCUCUGAUCUGGCCACGGUGGAGUCCUACGAUCCCGUCACCAAUUCCUGGCAGCCCGAGGUGUCCAUGGGCACCAGGAGGAGCUGCCUGGGCGUAGCGGCGCUUCACGGGCUUCUCUAUGCAGCUGGGGGGUACGACGGGGCCUCGUGCCUCAACAGCGCAGAGCGGUACGACCCUCUGACAGGCACCUGGACAUCCAUCGCUGCCAUGAGCACCAGGAGACGCUACGUCCGGGUGGCAACGCUAGAAGGCAACCUCUAUGCUGUUGGGGGAUAUGACAGCUCGUCCCACUUAGCCACGGUAGAAAAGUAUGAGCCCCAGAUCAACACCUGGACGCCCAUUGCCAACAUGCUGAGCCGCCGGAGCAGCGCAGGGGUGGCCGUGCUGGAGGGGAUGCUCUACGUGGCCGGCGGCAACGACGGGACCAGCUGCCUUAACUCCGUGGAGCGCUACAACCCCAAAACCAACACGUGGGAGAGCGUGGCGCCCAUGAACAUCCGCAGGAGCACCCACGACCUGGUGGCCAUGGACGGCUGGCUGUACGCCGUGGGUGGCAACGACGGGAGCUCCAGCCUGAACUCCAUCGAGAAGUACAACCCGCGCACCAACAAGUGGGUGGCAGCCUCCUGCAUGUUCACCCGCCGGAGCAGCGUGGGGGUGGCGGUGCUGGAACUGCUCAACUUCCCACCCCCUUCCUCGCCCACCCUCUCGGUGUCUUCGACGAGCCUUUGACAAAGGAGCAGGACCUGCCCUACCUCAAGGGGACAGGGGCGCCUGGCGGAGCACCCGGCCGCCGUGGCCCGCCCCGCGGGGCAGCCGGUCGUUAUAGGAGGAGAGCGAAGGCACCGGGUGCCACCUCCAACCCCAGCACCCCCAGGGACCACGGAGCCAUCCCCGCUCUCGGUGCACGCAUGGGACCCGCGCGGCGGUCAGAAAUGUGCUUCCCGGGGGAGCACCCUCCUUCCAGGGGGCGAGGAGAGGGGGUGCUGUCUGCCCCGUCCACGGACUCAUCUCACCGCCCUCCCGAAGGGUGUGUAUUUUCCUUCGGGGAUGGGAAUCUCGAAACCAUUGCUGCUUCUCGGAUUCAGACGAUCCGGCCGGUGCCGCACGGGCGAGCACAGCCAGCCGUGGAGGCUCCCCGGAGUCCCGUGGGGUGGCAGAGGUGGGCGGCGCUCCUCCCAGGGACACGGCCGAGCGUGCGAGCUCUCCUCUGAAUGUCACUGUAGCCAAACUCUUUACCAAGCCUUUCGUGCACUGUUCAAGACUCUGAGGCCACCGCAUGGUUCUCAAUGGUGUCUAAUCGAUGCCUUAAAAUAAAUGACUGAAGCCCAGCGAAGGAACAGGGCCUGGAGGAGGCGAAGUUUGGAGACAAAGCUGGAUGCAGCAUCCUCAUCCCUCGGUGUUUCCCGGCUCAGCUGGCCCAACCUCGCUCCCAAGGCUCCCAACGGCCCGUCCCUUUGGGGCGGCCCCAGACGGGGGGAUUGGACUUGUUCGCAUCGUGCCCAGGUUUUGCUGUCCCAGGUUCAAGUGGCCGUGUGGCUGCCUGCUCCCUGCACGUGCACCUGGUGGGAGCAGAUCGGCCUGGCUGCUGCUCCCCUCUCUGCAAAGCAGGUUCUGGGUUCUGGGAAGGGUUCUCGGUUCUUGAAGGAGAGCAGUCCAGCCUUCUGAACGAGGAGGGUUGCCUGGUGUUACUUUUUUGGGUGUUCAUUUUUCACCUUUUUUAACCUGAGUGCCAGUAUUUUAAUUUUAAUGACUUCGUAUCCUUUUAUUUUUACGCUCUCCCGGUAUUCCCCAUCCCAUCUGCUUUUAAGGCAGCAGAAGGGAUGCAAUUACUUUCCUUAAUUGUCGAUGAGAUGAUGACUGUGUCCUGGAAGACGCGUGGGUGUGUGUGCAUGUGUGAGAUACCAUAUGUACAGCGAAAGCAGCAUGGAAGGGACCAUGUGCAAUUAGCAACUCCCCGGCAAUUAAGCAGCCACUUUAACUAAAGGUUGAAUAAAUUAGCACUGUAAAUCACAAGCCUGUCCUUCCAGAGCCGCCUGUGCCAUGGGACCUCCUGGGUGGUUGCUUAGGAUGCGAUUUCGAUGUGUGCGCGUUGUAGGGGAGUGACUCGAGCCCUGGUACCUCAGCGGUGUUCGUGGGGCAUUGGAACGUGCUCUGACUUUGUUUGCUUCAGACUUAAUGCCUUCAGCCGUGUGCCCCCGCUCCUCCUUGUUCCCCAUUUGCAGAACUCACGUUUCACUUGUGAUGGUAUUUGGCCUAGAUUUGCAAGUGGCGUGGGAUUUCCUGCUUUCUUUGGGGUGGAAAGAGAGCUUGAGACUCCCCAACUUGAGGCGAUUUGUCCCGCGAUCUGAUUUCUCCUGGACAGGUGCCUGCAUGUUUUACAAGCCCAUUUACAGUGCCUAAAGUUGGACACCUGAAAUUACCAGCUGCUCCUGAAAAUCUAGACUGCUUCUCCCCCUGGCCUCCCCCCCAGGACAGUCUGGGCUUCUCGGGCUGAGGAGGACGUUUUGUUUCUCAGAACAGACUUGAAACCCGCCUUUUGUUCCCCUGCCACUUCCCAAGACUCUGUCGAAGCCAGCCCAGCUCAGCAGCUCUCCCCUUCCUGGAGAUUCACACCCUGUGAGCGGCCGGGAGGCUCGUGCAGGUUGCCUCCUGGUCAGCACGGCGGUAGGGCUGCCAAAAGCGGUGGCGUUCAUCUGCUUUGUGUGCAGGAAUGAAGAACUGGCGAAAUCCGCAUUGGUGUGUGUGCGAGUGUGCGUGAGAGAGGUCUCGAGCCUUUUCUUCCCGUUCCUGUAAGCAACAUCAGGAUUUUAGUCUUCUGCUGGGCUCGUUUCAGCCAGCACAUCCAAGGUGCCCUGGGCUUUAGGGUCCCCUGUACAGGAGGAUCGGCCUGAAAGCCUCACGGUACGCUCAGAAAGGGGCUGGUGCUGGGACGCUGAGGCCGGUGUAAGGAAUGGGAUAAGGAGAGCUGCGAUCCUGAGCAAUUUAUGCUAGAAAAGCUGUGCAAUGCUGCCCUGCCUCCCGAGGGUCAGGGAAAGGGGCAGUGUGACUCCCGUCACCCUCCGGGUGGGUCCUGAGCAAUACCACCAGAAAUUGUGGAGGAGGGAGCCCUUCGUGUCUGACGUCCUAACUAUGCAGGUGCUCACGGCUUUCCCCUAACGGGAAACAGAGGAAGGAAAGGGAGAAACAGUUCCCCAGCAGCUUGCGGGGGUCCAGAGCACCCCAACCCACACUGUGUGGACACGAGGUGUCAGCAUCUGCCCCGGGGCGAUGCCGGGGCCGGAAUUGGUGCUGCACGCCCCUUGCCUCGGCGGGGAUGUGCGUCUGUGUGUGUCCGUCUGUGCGUUGUACCCUGUCCGAGCGGGGAGGAGAACCGUCCCGACCCUCCGUGGCUUCUCUGCCAGUUUUAGUUCAGUGGUGUCUCGCCCGAAACGCCCCUCGUGCCGUUUCCCACGUGAAUUUCCCCCGGCUGAGGGGCGGCUCCGGGCUGGCUGUGUUGAUGUGCUUUGCCCACCGACCCCGCUGGGGAUUGCGGGGGGACGGCCAGGGUGGGCCGAGCCCCGAGCCCACACGGGGCAGGGGUUUGCUUGGCCAUCCCGGUGGGCAGACCCUGUCUAGCCAUGUCAACCCGUCGUCACUUUGAUUUCUCUGUAAGUUAUCCAACUUAUUUAUGUGGAACUCUGUUUCUCUGAAUUUUUUGCACUACGUGGGACUGGGGAGGGGAUACAAGCAAUACGAGCCAACGUGUACAAUAAAGAUGUUUUCUUGAAUACAGGA